GCAAAAUCAUGUGGGACGGGUAAAUGACCAAUCCGGCUUUCCAACAAGCUACCAUGUCAAAUUUCGUUCCCUAUCAGCAAACCUAUGGUACUUAUCAGCAGCCUUACCCCAUAGUAUACGCAACUGGUUCAGGACCGCCCCAGCUACUCCAGCCAGCAGCAGCACAUUACCCCCCUCGAUUCCCCCCGCCACCAGCAGCGGCCUCGGCUUAUCAGUUCAAUGUUCAACCUCCAGGUCAACCGAGCGUGGCAGUCGCUGAGAUCAUACCAGCUAUCUCUCCAGAAAUAGCUUCAAAAGAGGUGCAGCGGCUCAUCCUUGCCCAGCUGAAAACCUCGGAAUAUGAUACAAUCGAACCCCCUGCGUUGAAGAGGCUAGAGAUGGAAGUCGUAGCCUUCGUUCAGAAACUAUAUGAACGUGCUCACCAGUACGCCACCCUUGCCAAUCGCGCAAUACCUAUAGCAAAGGAUGUGUUACUGGCUUGCGAAGAGCGAGAUCUGAAAACCAAAGACCUGCGCACUGUCGCUGUAGAGUUUGCAAAGUAUUCUGCUGAACCAGCCGAACCAAUUUUCGAACUGCCCCCUUCACGAUCGCCGUCACCCGAACUCCUUCCUUCAGACGAUGAGAAUGCACCACCCGCUGUGCCAGGGACUCUACGCCAGCUUCCAACCCAUUUCCCUGCAUUACCACCAAAACAUACGUAUCUCAGAACACCAGCCUCUCCUCCUAAAAAAGCUGCGCUUCCCUCACUCGAAAGGAAGCUCAAGACUGCAGGACUGGUUCAGGAGUCUUUGAAGAAUCUGCUCACGGCUACGGAGGAUAACCUCGGACAAGAAGAUGGCGAAUUGUUGGGUCAUAUCGUCAACUGGGAAGCUUCCACGUACCCGCGGAAACGGUGGAAGGUUUCUGCUUAACCAUUUGAUUCUGUUUAUACUUAGACCUCGUAUCGGGCGUAUCAUCCUGUUUUAUUUGAAUCGAAUAAACUUCGUACGGAAUUGCAAUGAGCCUGUCUCCAGUGCUCUGGAUGGCAACAUGGA